UUGGUUUUGGGUUUAAUUUUGGAUUUUUUGGGGUCCCCCCAGGCAACGCCCCCCCCCAGCACCUGAUCCGGGUGGAGGGGAACCCCCAGGCCCGGUACCAGGACGAUGAGACCACCAAGAGACACAGCGUGGCCGUGCCCUACGAGCCCCCCGAGGUGGGCUCGGAGUGCACCACGGUCCUGUACAACUUCAUGUGCAACAGCUCCUGCAUGGGGGGCAUGAACAGGAGACCCAUCCUCACCAUCCUCACCCUGGAGGCGCCGGGGGGUCAGAUUUUGGGCCGGCGCUGUUUCGAGGUGCGCGUCUGCGCCUGCCCGGGCCGGGACCGGCGCCACGAGGAGGAGACCCAGCGCAAGAGGGGCGGGGCCGGGGGCGGGGCCAAGCGAGCCCUGUCCCCCCUGGCCGAAGCCCCCGAGAGCUCCAAGAAGAGGCUGCAGGACCCCGAGAACGAGAUCUUCUACCUGCAGGUGCGGGGCCGGCAGCGCUACGAGAUGUUCCGCAUGGUGAACGAGGCCCUGGAGCACACCUACGGGGGGGGCGCGGCCCCCCGAAAGUGAGCGGGGCUGGGGGGGCUGG